ACCAAUAAGGAUGGUGCGCAAGCCCAGUCCAGACCGACGCUCCUAGACCAUUCUGCUUCCUACUGCAGUCCACCUCGUCGACUUGUCUUGAUUUCCUAGCAAUGGAUUGCUGCAUUUCUUCAGGAGUCUCGUCUUUUGAGAGGCGGCGCCCUGUUGCGGGUCAGGAGAAGAAGUUGGGUGUGAGCAUCGAAGGACCAGGUAAGCCGCUUGGACCAGCAAGCUCAGGCACAGGGAACGAGGCUGUGCACCAUUUCCCACGCCGCGCGAGACCCAAGCAUUCUAGCCAUGCUGGCGAGGCCAGGGCAUCAAGAAGGGAACGGCUGGUCGCAUCUAGGAGAGUAUGUACUUUGGCGUGGGAGGCACACCUCAGUGGCGUGCCUCUUCCCCUGCUUGGAACAGUCUCCGAGCCAAGGCUUUUUUUUUUCUUUCCAAAACGCUAUUCUCACUUUCUGCUUCUUGCAAGAUGCAAUGAGCCGAGCGUCCAUCCGAGUUCACAGAGCCAAUUCCGCCCCGCGCCUCUUCCGCUUACUGCUGCUCCCACGCAACGCAGCCGCUGAGAAGUCUGAGUGGGGCGGGCCCACGAGCAAGAGGUUGGUUGCAUGUGGGCGGUGGUGUCACAUGCUCGCACGAAUGGACGAAGACUACGAUGGCAGGUGUCGUCUGUCCAGCUUCGAACGUCGACCCGAUAUAGCAACUUGGUUCCUUGUCUCACCUUCCUUGCAUGCGUGGCACGCAUCAGACUCGCAAAAGCUGGCAGCGAUCGAGGCCCCCAGCACGAAUGGAUUUGCCCAAGGAAAAGGCUCCUCCAGCAGCCCUCACACUCAGGUCCCACCAGCGGAACUGCCUGCGUUGCCGCGGGACCGAAGGUGCGCAAUCAAAGAAAGAUGAAUGGCGAAUGACGUCAUGAACUUUGAACCUCGCCGACAGGAGCAGCUGCUGCAACACUUUUGGCGUUCCGCGUCGGAUAGGCCAUCAGCAACCUGCGAAGCGAGCUCCGCAUUCCAAAAAGUGUGAUUGUGGGAACAAAAUCAAGGAGAUC